UUGUUGCGAGGGGGAUAUGAUCGUGAACGAGCGCGCAGUCAGGCUGGCUGAUACCGUUAGUCACGUCUGGGAUCUGCAGCGAUAGAGAGAGAGAGAGAGAGAGAUGCUGAGGUGACAGGGAGAGAGAAGUAGAAAAGGGCCGAUUAAAUCAAACUCAUUAUGUCACUGCUGAAUUCACAUGUCUGUAUGUAAACCUCAGCUGCAGAAUCAACGUUGCAUGCAUAAUAACGCGCCCGCUGUGGAAUUCCACUCAAUGUCUCAACAUUCCGUCAAGACAAACAUAGAGGAUUAUUUGUAACCACGCCCGGCUCCUUUCGGAUCAAGGAUCGGAGCGGUCAAGGUCUCUACAGGAACCUGAUGCCCGACCCAAUCUAAUACGGCUGGUGGUAGUUAGCAGGAGUGGUAGUAGAGGAAGAACCACCGUGAACAGCAGUCCACCGCAGGCGGGAUGAGUGCUGCAGCGAUGGACCAAGCUGACAUCCUCACUGUGCUUGUCCUGGUCAAGGAACGAUGGAAAGUGACAAAGAAGAUCGGCGGCGGUGGCUUUGGGGAGAUCUACGAGGCGUUGGACCUGCUGACCAGGGUCAGUGUUGCUCUGAAGGUGGAGUCGGCACAGCAGCCUAAACAGGUCCUCAAGAUGGAGGUGGCUGUCCUCAAGAAACUCCAGGGUAAAGAACACGUGUGUCGCUUUGUUGGAUGCGGCCGCAAUGACCGCUUCAACUAUGUGGUGAUGGAGCUUCAGGGGCGUAACCUGGCAGAGCUGAGGCGCAGUAUGACGCGGGGCACGUUUACAGUCAGCACCACCCUGAGACUGGGACGACAGACACUAGAAGCUAUAGAGAGCAUCCACUCUGUUGGCUUCCUGCACAGAGACAUCAAACCAUCCAACUUUGCCAUGGGCCGGUUCCCCAGUACCUGUAGGACCUGCUACAUGCUGGACUUUGGCCUGGCACGCCAGUUCACUAACUCCUGCCAAGAGGUCCGACCGCCUCGGCCAGUAGCAGGGUUCAGAGGCACAGUCCGCUAUGCGUCCGUCAACGCACACAAGAACAAGGAGAUGGGUCGGCAUGACGACCUGUGGUCCCUCUUCUACAUGCUGGUGGAGUUCAUGGUUGGACAGUUGCCAUGGAGAAAGAUCAAAGACAAGGAGCAUGUAGGGAAGCUGAAGGACACCUAUGACCACAGGCUCAUGCUGAAACACCUGCCUGCUGAGUUCACUGUCUUCCUGGAUCACAUCUCUAACCUGGACUACUUCACAAAACCAGACUAUCAGCUGCUGUUGUCAGUGUUUGACAACAGUAUGAAGACCUACAACGUGGUGGAGAAUGACCCGUAUGACUGGGAGAGGACUGGGUCUGAUGGUACUCUGACCAUCAACGCUACAGCCACCACACCACAGCAUCACACACGACUCACCCCAGCACACAUGGGCAUGGCCAAUGCAUCCCUGAUCCCUGGGGACCUGGCGAGGGAGAACACAGACGAUGUUCUGCAGGACGAGCAGCUUAGUGACAACGGGGAGAACAACCCUCCUCCAGACCGCCGCCCCGGAUCCCCCAGCAUGCCCCGGGCCAACCAGGAAGCUGACGUCUGGGAGGAGCUAGACCGUAACCGUAACCGCAUCAGGACCGCUGUGUGGAAGGCAGCAACAGAGGAGGAGCACAGCAACAACCAGGGGGGUCUCCAGAGCCCGUAUGCCAACCUCAGCCUGGGCUCCCCUGUCCGGGUACACUCUGAGAUAGUGGGGGUGUCAGGAAAGGAUGGUGGUAGUCCUCUCCUCAGGAAGCUCCGUAACAUCCACAGCUUUGAGCUGGACAGGAGACUGACCUUGGAGACCAAGCCCAGUCCUGAACGGUUCAUGGAGGCGUGCUCAGGGAAUCAGCUGGAGGGCUGUGGGCAGCAGCAGGAGAAGGGCCUGGCUGUACCCACUGGAGGUGCCACAGGACCAGGGCGUGGUGGCACUGACCGAGUCUGGCACAACGACGAGGAGUUCCUAUCCGGUGGCGGUGCCAGCGGUUCACCCAAACCCGUCUCCCCUCACUCCCACAGGUCUCUGGAACAGGGCGAGGUGGCCCCCAGCAGCGGAGGCUUCGUGGCCCUCAACCUGAGCUCCGGACAGGGGAAGGUGGACUCCAGGGAGUGGGUGAUGAUGGAGAGGCCCAGCGGGUCCCCAGGGACAGGAAUGGGAGAUAAAGCUACGACCAGCCCCUCCAAGGAGGAAGAAGAGGAGCUGCAGGUGCUGGAGGUACCCUUUGGGGCAGGAGAGGGGUCCACGGGGAACUCCAGUCCUGGUCAGAUCCAUGGGCACAGGGAUGGGGACCUCCAGGGGCAUCCAGGCGCCAGCGGACGACCCCCCAGGGUGGACAGGCUGGAACUGAGUGUGGGACCUACGGGAAGCCUGCCCCCCGUCACCCCCUCUAGCCCUGCUGAUGCCCUGGCUGAGGGAGCACUCACACAGCUCCCUACCUCUCCUCCAUCUCUGUCUGAGGAGGUGUUGGCCAGGAUGUCCAGUCCCUUGCUCCUGCGUUCCCCAAGCCCGCACACCCAGACCCUCCUCACCACCCUGUCGGACCCCCUGCACCAGAGGGACCCCCCUGGGAUGAGUCGCAGCUACUCAGCCGACCACCACAACCAGUACCUCCUCCAUCCCACCUCCUCUUCCUCCUACCACGCCUCCCUACCGCCACCUCCUCACCCCGGCCUCGGUUCCGCCCGUAACCAAUCACCCUCCGGGCGCAGGAAACUGCCCGCUAUUCCGGCGGGCGCUGCCAGCAGCAAGUUCCCUUCCGUUAUACGCAUCACACGCGCCCAACUCCAGCAGCUGACAGCUCAGCAGUCCCCGUCUGGCUCAGACUGUGCUCCACAGGGCCUACAGCUGGAGAGACGAGAAGAUGCAGCAGCUGAGGCCCAGCAGCCCCAGGAUAUUACUGCUACCACUGACAUCUACAUCCUGCCCACCCCUAGCCACACCCCUAGCCAGCCCGGCAGCCCCACCAGCCUGGAUGACCUCCUGGCAGAUACCCUGAUCAACGGACGAGACACCCAGACCUACACCAAAGCUCACAGUCCUGUGCCAAGCCGAGCGUCCUCUCCUCGCUCCCCCCAUUCUCCUCGUCCCCCUCCUUCUCCCCCCUCGCUCCCCUCGUUCCCCCGUUCUCCUCGCUCCCCCUGCCUAGUAAACGGCCAUCUCUCUCCCCCAGCUAACGGCCAGGGAGACGUCAGUGGCAGUGGAGCCUUUCCAGAUCUCAAAGACCCUGAGAGUGACCAACCCCAGCCUGACAGGGCAGAUGGGGUGGAGACCACUGACCAAACCCCAGCUCUGACCACCCCCUCUCCGCCACCCAGCCCCCGUAAGGACCCCUCCCGCAGGCUGAGCCGUAUCCCCGUCCUGCUGGACCUUCUCCCCACCCCUGGCUCUGCCAUGGAGAAGCUACUCCAGAAGAAAGCCCCCCACCAUCAGGGAGGAGGCCACCACCCAGCCCCCUCUAUCUCCCACCGCGGCCCCGUGGUGGCCUCGCUCCCCCACGGGGACCAGCUGUCCACCGCCUCAGACCACUCUGAGAAGGACGAUGAGUCGUUCCUGGGCUCGCGCUCUGACUGCCAGGGGAAUGACGCCCCCUCCCUCUCCUCCUCUUCCAGCCCCCUGUUCCGUAAGAGCAAGAUCCCACGCCCUUUUAACCCUACCAACCUGGCCCCAGAGCAGGAGAGUGCUGCACAGUACCUUCCACGCCCACCCCCGGGGAGACCACCCAGUCGGCUUGCAGCGGAGAGCAGACUGAAGCGUUAUCGGAUCCGAGCGGGCAGCACAAGGGACUCAGACCUCCUGACCUGUCUGUCCCAGCUGAUGCACCAUGGUCAGGGUGGUGGAUCUGCCUGCGGUUCCCCCCACCACGGCCACUCCUCAGCCCAGCUUGUAGGCUCCCGGAUGGGCAUGUGUAGCCUGACCAGCUCCCCCCACCACCAUCACCACCGGAGCUCCAGUGCCUCACCACGCAGCUGUUCCUCUCUACAGCGCUCUGUCUCCUCCUCCCCCUCUCGCCACGAACACCGCGGGGGAGAGCGAGGCAGAGGGGUUUGUUUCGGUCGCUCCUGUUCUCCUCCCAGCUUCUCUGGGUCCCCCCCUCCUCCCCGGCGCUCCUACCCCCACCAUCAGGAGAUUUGCUGCUGCCGCCAGGCCCGCACCGGCCCACCCCACCACCACCACGCCCUCAAGUGGAAAGCCUGCAGCCGCGAGGAGAGAGAGAAGAAGUGCUCCAGCAAGCUGAGCAGCAGAUAGUGGGUCACUGCUCUGGCCCUGGUCCUAGCCUGACCCAUAGAAACCCCUGGGCCCGUUUAUUCAAGUGUCUCAGAGUAGGACUGCUGAUCUAGGACCAGUUUGGCCUUUUAGGUAAUAAUGAAUAAGAUUACAUGUACAAUCGUAUUCAUUAUGACCUAAAAGGUCAGACUGAUCCUAGAUCAGUAGUCUUAUUGUGAGAGGCUUUACGAGUAUGGCCUGGGAGUCAGUGUCAUUGCCACAUCAGAGGGUGGGAUCAGGAUGUUGAUGCAGACCAAACGAUCCUGCUCUGGAUCAAUGAAGACCUGAGGCUUCUGUCAGAGAAUACUGAACAUAAUGUCCCCCCCUCUCCUCCCCUCUCCUCCCCUGUCCCCCCCUCCUCCUUCACACUUUCUUCUCUAAUUCCAACUAUUUGGUCAUUGUUUAGUCCCUAAUUCAUAUGCCCACUUUAAUAGUUCAUACCUAAUGCGAAAAGGAUCUAUGUGCAUUAUGCUAUGUAUAAGAUGUUGGUGUUCUUGUGGGGUGUUUUCCCUCAUAUCAUCAGUGAAGUGAACACACUUAGCCCUCAUUCAGAAUACCCUAGGUCAGUCAGUGGAUGAGCACUCAUUUAUUCAUCACUCAAUUGAAUAUAGACUCAGUCUAUUCUGUUUCCUCUGUACUGACCUGGGGAGUGCAAGGUAUAGCAAGUCUACAUUUAUGGCCAUGAAGCUCCAGAGAAAUGUACACUAUCUACAGAACCUAUUUAUUUACAUCUUGACACACAUGUCACACCAGGUACACACUAACUGAUGACAUCAUCGAUUGAUGUGUCCCCCCCUCUCUCUCUCUCUCACUCUCUCUCUCUCUCUCUCUCUCUCUCUCUCUCUCUCUGACUUCAGAUGUACAGUGAGUGUCAUUUAUUUCAAAGGCAUUUAAAGCAAUCAAUUGAUCAAUGAUAGAAGUGAUCAGUCUUUUGAGAAGGAAGUGAUCCUUCCUUUAAAACAAUCAUAUAAAAUGUGUGUGUGCUCACACACGUACUUGUGCCUAAUGUGUUGACUGAUCUGGGGAAUCUAAAUGGCAAACUAAAUGUGUGUGUGCUCACACACGUACUUGUGCCUAAUGUGUUGACUGAUCUGGGGAAUCUAAAUGGCAAACUAAAUGUGUGUGUGCUCACACACGUACUUGUGCCUAAUGUGUUGACUGAUCUGGGGAAUCUAAAUGGCAAACUAAAUGUGUGUGUGCUCACACACGUACUUGUGCCUAAUGUGUUGACUGAUCUGGGGAAUCUAAAUGGCAAACUAAAUGUGUGUGUGCUCACACACGUACUUGUGCCUAAUGUGUUGACUGAUCUGGGGAAUCUAAAUGGCAAACUAAAUGUGUGAUUGAACACUAGUUACUGGGCCAUGAUUCCCUUUGUAUGCUCCUCUUCAGAAUGGAGUCUGACUUUGUGUCCCAAUUCUCUACCCUUCCUCCCUGGACUUAAUAGGAAAUUAAUGGUGUAAGAGAUAUUAUGGCAACCCUCCCUAACCUUGCCCAUGCUUACAACCAUCCAAUUCAUUUAAAUAUAUGGAUACGGGGUGGGGGGGUGCAUUGGGAUGCCUGCUGAGGAGGAUUGGGAUGCCUGCUGAGGAGGAUUGGGAUGCCUGCUGAGGAGAAUUGGGAUGCCUGCUGAGGAGAAUUGGGAUGCCUGCUGAGGAGAAUUGGGAUGCCUGCUGAGGAGAAUUGGGAUGCCUGCUGAGGAGAAUUGGGAUGCCUGCUGAGGAGAAUUGGGAUGCCUGCUGAGGAGAAUUGGGAUGCCUGCUGAGGAGAAUUAGGAUGCCUGCUGAUAACACUUAUGGUACUCAUUACUACACUAGUGGUGAAUACUAAGUUAUUAUUAUCAUUCAUGUAUAAUGUGUGCCUUGCCUUGGCACUUUGAGCAGCUUCUGGUUUCACUGCAAAGUAUGUUUCUCAUUUUUAUUCAAGGAGUCUAAUAAGACUAAUUUGUGCCAGCUGCAAAGACAGACCGUCCUCAUCAUGUGAUUGUAGCAGUCUUAUUCACUACAGACAGACAGUCUUCAUCAUGUGAUUGUAGCAGUCUUAUUCACUACAGACAGACAGUCCUCAUCGUGUGAUUGUAGCAGUCUUAUUCACUACAGACAGACAGUCUUCAUCAUGUGAUUGUAGCAGUCUUAUUCACUACAGACAGACAGUCCUCAUCGUGUGAUUGUAGCAGUCUUAUUCACUACAGACAGACAGUCCUCAUCAUGUGAUUGUAGCAGUCUUAUUCACUACAGACAGACAAUCCUCAUCAUGUGAUUGUAGCAGUCUUAUUCACUACAGACAGACAGUCCUCAUCAUGUGAUUGUAGCAGUCUUAUUCACUACAGACAGACAGUCCUAAUCAUGUGAUUGUAGCAGUCUUAUUCACUACAAGGAAAAGGAAGCCAAGUUAAUGUUUUUAUUUGAUUUAUUCAGACAAUAUUUGAAGAACGAUCAUUGUUAUUUAUGAUAUUAAAAAAAGGAAAUGUUUUAAACUAAAACGUAGAUAUCCUGUAUUGUAUAAAGUUUAGGACAGGUCCAACAUUUAUGUCAAAUAAUAUCAUACUAUUUAUGUCAGUUUCCCUCCUCCAGUACCCCCAACAGCACACGUUGUUGUAGCCCCGGACAAACACACCUGAUUUAGUUAAUCGAGGGCUUGGUGAUUAGUUGACAAGUUGAAUCAGGUGUGCUUGUCCAGUGCUACAAUAGAAAUGCGUACUGUUGUGGGUACUGGAGGACUGGAGUUGGGAAACACUGAUUUAUGUCAUAUAAAUAUCCUAUACCAAAUCAAUGUUUCAAACUUCCAAAGGAUAAAAAACAUGCGAAGAAGAAUGUUGUCUUUGCUUUGUAAUGACAUGUUUUGUGCACUAUUAUUUCAAACAGUUCAUGUAUUGUUUGAAUACUGACCCCAUUUUCUUUACUUCAUAAAGAUUCAAUGAACACUCAUUUAAAACCUCCCUCGCCUAACCUUGGUUCUACCUACUACACCCUCUCCCUUAGCCUGAAAUCCAGAACCAGUUUUGUGCUGACAUUCCACUCUUUGUACUCUGUGUCAUUGUCAAGCAUUGGCAUGACAAGGAGUGGUAUGAUAGCAGAAACAGUGAUACGCAGGCUACCUCUCCCCACCCCUCUGCUUGUAAUACACUGUGACAUAACUAACUAAAACAAUCAACCAAUCAGUGAAGUAAGCAGCAUACCAGUUCCCAUAAUGCACUGUGAUUGUCUGAAAGGGACUUAUGUUUGUUGGGUAGUACCACAUGUAUUUUGGUUGGAAUAUUUAAUUUGCUUAGAUUUCCCUUUCGUCUCAAGAUCUCGUUCACUCUUAUCGUCCCACUUGACCCACAGCAUUGGUCUGGUUUCCUAGUUCUCCAAUGCUCACAUCUUAGGACUACUGUACUGACUCAUUACUGAUAAAAAAAAACUUCUGUAUUUAUUUUACAUCUGUCUGAUUGGCUUAUUAUCAUGAUGUGACACAUGCAUAUAGUAUGGUCUGAUUGGCUUAUUAUCAUGAUGUGACACAUGCAUAGUAUGGUCUGAUUGGCUUAUUAUCAUGAUGUGACACAUGCAUAUAGUAUGGUCUGAUUGGCUUAUUAUCAUGAUGUGACACAUGCAUAGUAUGGUCUGAUUGGCUUAUUAUCAUGAUGUGACACAUGCAUAUAGUAUGGUCUGAUUGGCUUAUUAUCAUGAUGUGACACAUGCAUAUAGUAUGGUCUGAUUGGCUUAUUAUCAUGUGACACAUGCAUAGUAUGAAUAACGUGUAGAGGAAAAUAAUUGCCUUAAUCUAAAGUACUUUUAUCAUACAACCAUAAUCUACUGUAAUUCUGCAGUAUGAGAUGAACUAUAAUGAUCUACUGUAUGUCAAGUGAAUUGUUUUACUCGGUCCAUUGUGGUAGAUGCUAUUGGUACCUGCCUACAGUCUGGUGGCAUUCCAGGUUGUUUACAUUACAGACAUGUUGAUACAGAUCUGAUUGAACUAAGAUUGUGAAAGAUGUGAAAGAGAGUAGUGUUUAACAUUGCAGGAACCCCAUCAAUUACUUAAUGAUCUGUGCAAAGUGUAGGCAACCUCUCACAGAGCAACAUGUAGGGAGCCUGGAACGCCCCCUCUGUCUCACAGAGCAACAUGUAGGCAGCCUGGAACGCCCUCUCUGUCUCACAGAGCAACAUGUAGGCAGCGUGGAACACCCUCUCUGUCUCACAGAGCAACAUGUAGGCAGCGUGGAACACCCUCUCUGUCUCACAGAGCAACAUGCAGGCAGCCUGGAACGCCCCCUCUUUCUCACAGAGCAAUGUGUUGGCAGCCUGGAACUCCCUCUCUGUCUCACAGAGCAAUGUGUUGGCAGCCUGGAACGCCCCCUCUUUCUCACAGAGCAAUGUGUUGGCAGCCUGGAACGCCCCCUCUUUCUCACAGAGCAGCUAAUGUAUUGUUUGAGAGGCCGACACAGACGGUGUUCAGUCAGUCGCCUUAAUCAUGUGUUUUCUCUUCUCUUCCCCUGGCUGUGUGUAAAGCAAGGGAUAACUGAACUGUGUCUGUCUGUCUACUCUGUGCUGAGGAUCACUCCACUGCUUAGCCCCAACCUACCGUCAGGUUCCUCCCAUAGGCUGUAUAGGGUUCUCCCUUUCCCUCUUUGACAGGUGUGUUCAAAUCAAAUGUUAUUUGUCACAUGCGCCGAAUACAACAGGUGUAGACUUUACUGUGAAAUGCUUAUUUACGAGCCAUUUCCCAACAAUGCAGUCAAAAAGUAAGAAUAAUUAGCAAAAUAAAAAGGGAAUAGUAACACAAUAAAAUAACAAUACAAGGAGUACCAGUACAGAGUCAAUGUGCAGGGGUACGAAGUAACUGAGGUAAUAUGUACAUGUAGGUAGGGGUAAAAGUGACGAGGCAAUCGGGAUAAGAUAAAAAGAUUAGCAGCUGUGUGUGUGUGUCUGUCGUCAUUAUGCAUGUGUGGGUGUGUGUGUGUUCUGCCUUUAUAGAUCUGUGGGAACUAUUUCUCCAGCAAAUUAGCAUCAGAUAGAUUGCUUUGCUUUCUGUUGGCAGCUCUGUUCUUAUUGGCUCGUUUGGCCCAAUCAAGUUGUCCAUUAACUGGACAGAAUGCGUGACUUCAACGUCAGUAACAAUUUGACCAGUGAGCUGUGUCUGGAUUCUGGAAUCAACCGAGGUUGAGUGUUCUAAGGGUUUUAAAUUCCUCUUGGUUGUAUGAUAAAGGUCUGUUUUUACAUCCAGAGAUUGUGAUGUAAACAUCCACAUAGUACCACACCAAGCAGUAUUGUGAUAUCUUUUCAAUUCUAGGCUAUAUUCGGUACUUCCAUAAGCUAACUAACUGCAACUUUUUAAUAUAUAACUGUAAAAAGUGAAAAGUAUUAAUUUCAAAGAUCAUCUUGAUGAACCAUCACUUAUUGCUUCAGUAAAGACAAAGAGUUAAAGGAAUAAACAGUGAUGCCAAUAAUCAAUCCAUUAGUUAUUAUUGCACAAACCAAGUGGUAUAUUGUUACUUUCCUGACUGAGAUUUUGAUUUGUCACUGGUGACAUGGUAGUGGGAUUGUACAGGUGCCACGAAGCUGUCACAGCAUGCCUGUAUCUGUGCUCCAAUGAUUGUACUCAUUCAUGGCCAGGCCACAGAUACUGUGUUGUUGGAGGUUUGGGGACAAUAGGCUAAACAGCUAAAAACAACAUCAACAAAUUGAUAUAUUGGGUGUAUGGAUGCUCAUUGUUGCCUGUGUGACUUCAGUGUUCGAUAUUUCUUGAAAUGGUUCACGUUUUAGUCCUGUGCUGCAACGGUUUAGAAAUAUGUGUACAGCCAGAAGGACAGACUGUAACAAGGGGAAGAUCUACAUUGUACAUAACUGUAAUUAUUUAUGUUUAUUUGAUCGUUCAUACCAUAUCUAUGCCUUGUACAGUGUUUGUUUUCUUCAGUUCAUUUAAAAUGAUUUUGUAUUUUAUUUUUAUAAACUGGUUAUAAAUAAAAUACUCAUUCAGCAUGCAGAAAAUAA